AUGCCGUAUGUUGGUGUUGGAGCGCAGAAAGGUUUGUUCUUCGUUUUUUUUCCGUUGACCUGUGACAGCUGUGUUCUCACCUUUAUAUAUCAUUAUUAUUUUUCAUUUUUCAUUCCAGCUUCAACUAGCUUGACUGGCCCUCCGAUGGUUAAAGCUUAUAUAUCUAUAACAGUUUCACUGUUAUUUGUUUUAUUGGUGGCGGCUGUUGGGUUACACCAUUCUGAACGACGUUUCAAUCAUUUCAAGAGAGUUACGAUUGAAGGUAAGUAAUUUGUAGGCUCUCUAUGUUCUCUAGCUUCUCUAGACUCUAACCUCAUAUGAUUUUGAAAUUUUUUAAAAAGUAUAUUUUUAUUUUCAACUUUUUCCAUUAUUUUUAUCUAAUGUAAAAUAAACCUAUUUAUUAUCAACCAAACAACCAAGUCGAAAAAAAAAUCAGUUGACAUGUUUUAUCUUCCAAAUAUCCUCAUUAAUUUUAACAACUGACCCUUUCGGUGGAUAAAUGAAAAAUGAGCAUCGAGCAAACUUUGGCUACUUUUUCGAAAACAAGGGUUUUGGAAAAAGUAGAAGGGUGUUCAUGAACAUGAAACUAUGAGAUUCUGAAAAAAUUUUAGUACAUUUCUCAAAGAUUUUUUUCUGGAAGCUUUUCAAACAUUAGUUUAAAAAUUUCAAAGUUCAAAAAACCAUUCAGAUGUACUGUAAUUUGGAGCUGUGUUUUUUUUCAGUCUUUUUGUUUAUUCCCCAAAAUUUCACGAAAAAUCCAAAAACGCAUUUCAUUACUUGUCUGCGCUCUCUUCAGUGAACACAAACUCUCGCAGUCUCUUCAAGAAACAAACGUUUUCACAAAAAAAUUUAAAAAAAAGUUGGUCGGCAUGUGGGAUUGAACCUUGGCCCCGCCCACUCCGCAUGAAAAAGUUAGAGGCAGGUGAGACCUGUUAGUUGUCGUCGCACGCAUAAGAAUAAGAGGGGAGACGGUUUUUUACAAGUGAUGUUAUGCAACUGAAUCUAUCAAAAAAAAAAAAAAAAAGAAAACCAAGUAUGCACGAUUGAUUGUUGUAAUACAAUAAUUUUUUUGUUACUGUAAAAGUGGCAAAAAAUUAUUGUAUUACAGUAGCCUUUCUUGCAUUCACGAAAAAGGAGGGAAAUCUAACAAAAAUUUUUUGAGGUUUGAAAAAGUUAGAGUAACUUGCUCUUAAAGUUUGAGCAAAACUAAGUUGAGCUCAUUUGAAAAAGAAUUAGAACAAUCCAAUCAAUUUAUUUUUUCUAAAACCCCUCAAAUUUUCAGAUGUGCAUCUCGAAGAUUCCAAAACCCUAACAAAAAACAUCAAUUCUGAAAACAUCAAGGAAUAUCUUCGAACUUUCACAAAAGAUCCUCAUAUUGCUGGAACUGAUGCGAAUAAAAAAGUAGCCUAUGCAAUCGCAAACGCUUGGUCAAAUGCUGGAUUGGAAGAUGUUCAUACAAUUCCAUAUGAAGUUCUACUUUCAUAUCCAGAUUUUGAGAAUCCAAAUUCAGUCGUAAUUCGAAGCAGAGAUGGGAGAGAGGUUUUCAAAAGCAAGGGUGUUUCUCCAGUUAUUCUUCCAGAUGAACAAUCAGGAAAACGUGAGUACAUACUUUUGAUUUUCAGAGAGAGAUAUAUUGAUUUUUUUUUUUCAGACGCUGGUCACCAAUGGUUAGCCUAUGCUGGAAAUGGAAGUGUUUCAUCUGAUGUUGUCUAUGUUAAUCGAGGAACUGAAACUGAUUUCAAAAAUUUGAAAUUGAUGGGAGUUGAUAUAAAUGGCAAGAUUGCUUUGAUGAGAUAUGGCCAUGGUUUCCGUGGUGAUAAGAUUCAUAAAGCUCAAUUGCAUGGAGCAGUUGGCGCGAUUUUAUUUUCUGAUCCUUCAGAUGUUGCGCAAGAUGGAGAGAAACAAGGUGAGAAUUUUGGGUUAAAGGAGCACGAGUAAAAAAUUAGUUAGAUUUUUUCAAAUUAGAAUCAAAACAUUUUCUAGUCAUCAAAAUUUCCAGCCAACGUUUACCCAAAAACCGUCUGGAUGCCAAACGAAGCUGUUCAACGAGGAUCUUUAAUGCAUGGAGACGGUGAUCCAUUAUCUCCAUAUUAUCCUGCAAAAAAAGAAUUAUAUAAAUCGCGCACAAUCGAUGAAGCCAAGGAAGAUCGAGUUCUUCCAAAAAUUCCAGUUUUACCAAUUUCCUAUACAACUGCUUAUCAAAUUUUGAAACGAAUGAAUGGUAGACCAGUUCCAUCUGAUUGGCAAGGUUUGGUUGGUGGAAAUUUGACCUAUAAACUUGGCCCGGGAUUUGUGAAUAAUGAUCGAUUGACUAUUAAUGUUCAUAGUGAAUUGCAAACAAAGUGAGUUGAACUUGGGAAUUUUUAAAAACGGGGCAGAACUUUUGAUAGAAGAAGUUUUUUUUAACUAAUUCUUGAGAAGCUUCCAGAAAAUUGUUAGGAUUUUACUAUUUCAAAUUAUCUCUGAAUUUCUCCACAUUUAAAAGUACGUUUUUCUCAAGACCUCAAAAAAUUCUCGUUAGAUUUCCCUCUUAUUUCAUGAAUGCAAGAAAGGUUACUGUAAUACAAUAAUUUUUUGCCACUUUUACAGUAACAAAAAAAUUAUUGUAUAACAAUAACCUUUCUUGCAUUCACUUUAUUUUCAUCGUUUUUUUAAUGGAAAAAAUAUCAAUGCAAUGUAUCACUUGUAACAAACUUUCUCCUCUCUUAUUCUUUUGCGUGCGACGACAACUAACAGGUCUCACCUGCCUCUAUCUUUUUCAUGCGGAGUGGGCGGGGCCAAAGUUCGAUCCCACAUGCCAACCAUCUUUUUUCAAAAUUUUUUUUUUGAAAACGUUCGUUUCUUGAAGAGACUGCGAGAGAAAUAGACAGAAAAAAAUCAGCGAGAGUUUGUGCCCACUGAAGAGAGCGAAUACAUAAAAUAUUUUUAUCUGAUUAGGGACGAUUUAGAACUCAACUUAAGUUUAAAAUGUUUGAAAAUUUUUCCCAAAUUUUGGAACGAUGUCCUAGAAUCUAAAAAAAAACCUCUUUAAUUUUCUCCAACUCCCAAAAAACCCAGAAAUUUUUCAAUUUUCAUUUUUGACACCCUGUCAAUCUCACCACCCUGUCUGAAAAAUUGGCUAAUUUCUCAAAAUCUUGCAGACGAAUUCGAAAUGUCAUUGGUUAUAUUCAUGGAGCCGAAGAGCCUGACAAAUAUAUCAUGUUGGGAAACCAUUUUGAUGCAUGGGUUUAUGGUUCAAUUGAUCCGAAUUCUGGAACUGCAGUUUUGGCUGAAGUGGCGAGAGCAAUGAUGCAAACUAUUAAUGAAACUAGUUGGAGACCAGGUGUGCAUUUUUUUUGAUUUUUGAUUGAUCCCAAAUAGAAUGGUGACAAUUUCACUUCAAAAUUUGACAAAUUUGCUAAUUAGAGAUCAUGUUUUAAUUAGUACAAGGAUGUUUUUUUUUUUGACCAGGAGACAAAUUUUUGAUAAGAAAAAUUCUAGUGAAUAUGUUUCUUGUUGCUUUUUAUCUGUUCUCUUCAAGAAACGAACGUCUUCACAAGAAAAAAUUAAAAAAAAUUGGUCAGCAUGCGGUAUCGAACCUAGGCCCCGCCCACUCUGCAUGAAAAAGAUAGAGGCAUGCGAGACCUGUUAGUUGUCGUCGCACGCAAAAGAAUAAGAGGGGAGAAAGUUUGUUGCAAGUGAUAAUUAUGUUAUGAGUAAUAGUUCAAAAAAAAACGAAAACAACGUGCAUGCACGAUUGGUUUUGUAUUACAAUUAAUUUUUCGGCUACUAUUUUAGUAGCAGAAAAAUUGUUGUAAUACAGUAACCUUUCUUGCAUUCAUGAAAAAGAGGGGAAUCUAACAUGAAUUUUUUAAGGUUUGAAAAAAUUAAGGAAUUGUUUUCUGCAAAAUAUUCUCAAAAAAUACAAAAAUUAUAAUACUUUAUUCCAAACAUCGGAUAAUUAUCAAAAUAAUUUUUAAGUCCAAAAACUUGUCUCGAGCUGAUUGUGAGAGAUUUUUUUAUAUUUUGAAAAAAUCACGAGACCUGUUUUUUGAAAGCCAUAAGAACCCCUUUUUUCCUGAACCCCUCCAUUUUUCCAGCCAGAACAAUUGUCUUCAACGCUUGGGACGCUGAAGAAUUCGGUCUAAUCGGUUCAACAGAAUUCGUCGAAGAAUACGUUGAUAUUCUUCAAAAACGAGCAGUCGUCUAUAUAAACAUGGAUACAAUUCAAGGAAACGCCAGUCUGUUAGUAAAAUUGAAAUUUCCCUUUUUUUCUUCGCUCGAGUACUCCUCACAUGAAAUCAAAUCAAAUUCAAUUUUCUUCUUUUCAUCUCAUCUUUUUUCUUCUAGAAACGUGGAGACAGUUCCCUCAAUAGAAUAUAUGGUCAUUGAAGCGUCAAAACAAGUCGAAAGUCCAUCAAAACGAGAAAAAGCGCGUGGAAGGAAUACAUUAUAUGAUACUUGGAUGAAAGUAUUUCCAGACAAGAAAACUGGAAAGCCAAAGAUUCGUGUGCCAGGUGGUGGAACUGAUCAUGCACCAUUUUUGAAUUUUGCAGGAGUUCCUGUGAUUAACUUUAAUUUUAAGAACUACAGUACUUUUGACACUUAUCCUUUAUAUCAUACUAUGUAUGAGACACCUUUUACAAAUAUUCAUUUGAUGGAUACGGAUAAUUUGGCGGUGCAUAGAGCUAUUGGACAAUAUUGGGCAGAAUUGGCAAGGUAUUUUUUUUGGAGAAGAUGAUUCUCUAGCCUCUCUAGCCUCUCUAGCCUCUCUAGAAUCAUUAAAUGUUUGCAGAACCUUUGCUGAUGAAGUGAUUCUCCCAAUGAAUGUCACAAAUCUCGCUCAAAUCAUGAUGUCAUCAUACUUACCCCAACUUCAAGCACAACUCGGAGGCUUGAAUAUCUCUAGAACUGAUGCUGAAGCGAUCCGAAAUCAAUUUGUUAAUUUGAAAAAAACUACGACUGUAAGUUCAAGUUUGGAAAAGUUUUUUCAUGAUUUUUUUCAAGGACCUUUUUCAUAUGUCGAAAAAGUUUGAAGAGACAAUCCACUUCACACGCCACAGUUUUUCUCAAAAUCCAUAUGAUCCGAAACAUAUCAAUGGGGUUAAUGACAGAUUAAUGAGGUUGGUUUUUUGGGUGAAGGAAUUUUAAAAUUUUGAAAAUCUGAUGUUUCAUUAUACAAAUUUUGAUCAAAAAUAUUCCGAAUUUGGCGCAAAAAUCAAUAAUCCUAUUGUUUUGAAAUAUGAAUUUGAAUCUUAACUUCUCAAUUUCACAAAUUUAAAAAAUUUUGAAUUUCUGCUUUCAAAUUUGGGUUCAUAAAAUUCUUAAAACUCUGAAAUUUUCAAAUUCAAAUUUGGCCCCAAAACUUUCGAUUGAAAAUUAUAAAAAUUUGGAGUCAAAAAAUUUUCAGGAUCUUUUUUUUUUUGGAAUUUUUCAAAUUUCAAUUUUUUUUUCCAAAAAAUCCCAAAAAAAACCCUCGCUCCUUUCAAGUUUUGCCGACUGUAGUUUGCUUUCCCCCAACGUCAUUCCGCAAUCACUCAAGCCUAAAAUUAAAUCAAAAAAUUUGCAGCAUCGAAAAAUGUUUUAUCAAUCCGCGAGGUGUUUCCAAACACAAUCCAUCUGCACGUCAUGUAUUAUUCUCAGUCAGCGAUUCAGAUUCGUAUUCGAAUUCAUUAAUGGCAGGAAUUGGAAAUGCGGUGAGUCGCCAGGAUACCGCAUUUUACACAACUAAUUAUUCAUAUUAUUAUUAUUUUUGAAACUAGAGAGAGGCUAGAGAGCCUAGAGAGCCCAGAGAAAAAUGAUAUUUUCAGAUCAACGACUAUAACGAAUCUCCAACCAAUAAAUUAUUGCGUGAAAUCAUUAAUCAAAUUUCAAUUGUUCAAUAUUCGGUGCUCUGUGUUGUUAAUACACUCCGUGAUGUGAUUUGA